AUGAAACCAUUAGGAGGUAAAAGGGUGGGGUCCAUGCAGUCUGCCCGGGUGAUCAACAGUGCGGGAGGAUCCCCUCGAGGGACCUCUCCCCGGGUGUUGCUGGCUCCUGCCGAGUGCACUUCCUCCGAGGCUCUGGAAAGGCUCGAGGUGAAGGUGGCACGACUUUCCGGCUUUAUGCUUUACAGCUCCUCCCACCUGUACCUCACCGCUUCCCGGGGCUGUGGGAUCAAUGCCUGCUGUGCCCUCUCCCGGCGCGACUGUCGACCGAGGCGGACUGUCUAUGGUGCGGCCCAACUAUCAACGGACUACGGAACGACCUACAGCAAACUCAACCUGAUGCCCGGGACAACCAUCGUGGUGACCAGCUUCUACAUCUGCCCCACCAACAAGAAAAAGGUGAUUCUGGUGGGCUCCUCCAUAAACGAACGCGACCAGAUGCUGUUCAUAAGCGUGGACGAGGGCUCCUCCUUCCAGCGCCAACCGGUGAACUUUAACCCCGACACGCUGCUCUUCCACCCCACCGAGGAGGACAAGCUGCUGGCCUACUGCAAAGACGGCACGCUCUAUGCUUCCACGGACCUGGGGAGGAAGUGGACUCUACUGCAAGAGAGAGUCACCAAGGACAAAAUCUUCUGGGCAGUGUCUGGUGUGGACUCAGACCCGGACCUGGUGCACAUGGAGAUGCAGGACGCUAGUGGAGGGUACCUGUACGUGACCUGCCUGAUCCAGAACUGCUCAGACAAAAUGGUGACCGCUCAGUUUUUGGGGAAAAUCGACCACAACUCGCUCCUCGUGCAGGACAGCUACAUCUUUGUCAAGGUGACCACAGGGAAUCGGACCAAGCACUACGUCUCAUAUCGGCGCAAUGAGUUUGUCCAGAUGAGGUUUCCCAAGUACGCUCUGCCAAAGGACGUCCAGAUCGUGAGCACGGAUGAGAACCAGGUGUUCUUGGCGCUGCAGGAGUGGUACCAGACCGACACGUACAACCUGUACCAGUCUGACCCACAGGGGGUGUACUACUCCCUGGUCCUGGAGAAUGUCCGCAGCACCCAGCAGCCCGAGGAGAGCACCCUCAUCGACAUACUGGAGGUGAAAGGGGUCAAAGGUGUGUUCCUGGCCAAUCAGAAGCUCAACGGUAAAGUCACUACGGUCAUCACCUACAACAAGGGCAGGGACUGGGAGCACCUGACGCCGCCUGCCACCGACAUGAACGGGAAGAGCCUCACCUGCAAAGCGCCCGACUGUCACCUCCACUUACACCUGCGCUGGGCCGAUAACCCUUAUGUGUCCGGUACGGUGCACACCAAAGACUCCGCCCCGGGCCUCAUCAUGGGAGCAGGGAAUCUGGGUUCUAAACUGGUGGAGUACAAGGAGGACAUGUACAUCACCUCAGACUGCGGCAAGACAUGGAGACAGGUGUUUGAAGAGGAACAUCACAUCUUGUACUUGGACCAUGGAGGGGUCAUUGUGGCCAUCAAAGAUACAUCCAUACCACUCAAGAUCCUCAAGUUCAGUAUCGACGAAGGACGAACCUGGACGGUGCACAACUUCACCAGUACUUCAGUGUUUGUGGACGGACUCCUGAGCGAACCAGGAGACGAGACGCUUGUCAUGACGGUGUUUGGUCACAUCAGUUACCGCUCGGACUGGGAGCUUGUCAAAGUGGACUUCAGACAGUCGUUCCCGCGACAGUGCACAGAGGAAGACUACGAGUCCUGGCAGCUCACCGACCUACACGGGGAGAAAUGCAUCAUGGGACAAGAGAGGAGCUUCAGGAAGAGAAAGGAGACGUCUUUCUGUAUCAAAGGGAAGAGCUACACGUCGGCUUUGAGCACUAAACCGUGUCAGUGCACAGAGAGAGACUUCAACUGUGACUAUGGUUUCGAGCGCUCCCAGACCGAAGGCCACAGGUGUUUUGCCGACUUCUGGUUUGAUCCUGAUGCCCCUCCAGACGACUGUCAUCUGGGGCGGAGUUACGAGUCCAGCACUGGGUACAGGAAGGUGAUCUCUAACUCCUGUGAGGGAGGCAUAAACAAACAGCAGAGCUCCAAGCAGCACCUGUGCCCUCUGCUGCCCCCUAAAGGACUGCAGCUGGGCAUUAAAGGGCAGAUGUUAGCUGUGGCGCCCGGAGACGACAUCACCUUCAUCGUCCAUCAAGAACAGGGCGACACCAGCAGCACUAAGUAUCAGGUGGAUCUUGGAGACGGGGUGAGAGCCAUUUACCAGAACCUGACCGUGACAGACGAGCCCAUCCAGCACCGCUACGAGAGCCCCGGGGUCUACAGGGUCAGCGUGAAGGCGGAGAACAUGGCCGGACACGCACGGGCCACCAUGUACAUCCAGGUCACAGCUCCGCUGCAGGAGGUGCAUCUGGAGGUGGUCCCCAUCGCUGGAGUUAACCAGGAGGUCAAUGUAUCUGCUGCUGUGCUCCCCUCUGAGGCUAAUCUCACUGUUUUCUACUGGUGGAUAGGAGACAACAUGCAGCCCACCCUGACCCUGCAGAACAGCCUGCUCACUCGCUUCUCUGAGCCUGGGGAGGUGUCGGUCACGGUCCAGGCCUCCAACGGUCGCUCUAUGGUUCAAGACACAAAGAUAGUCCGAGUCUAUGAAAACUUCCAGGUGAUCCCUCUGAGCUUCAGCAGAAACCUGGACCACUUCAACCCAAACAUCCCAGAGUGGAGAGAGGACGUGGGGCAGGUGGUCACCAAAAUACUCUCCAGGAUCACAGGUGUUCCCCAAGACUCCCUGGUUACUGUGGUGAAGCCCGGUCUCCCCACUUCUGCAGACCUGUACGUGCUGCCUCUGGACGAGCAGCUGGACAAGAGGAGCAGAUUUGUCGACAAGCGGAUACCGGCCAUAAUCCAAGCGUUCAACGACAACAAUGUGAGUUUUGUUGUGCGAGGAGGGCAGCAGGUCCUGGUGAUGCUCGCAGACCCGAACGCAGGCUACCAUGGCGCCGCUGGAGGUCCGGGCGUAUGGGCAGUAGGAGUCUUAUUCCUCAUCACCAUCAUUGCCACUGGCUCUUUCAUCCUUUACAAGUUUAAAAGGAAGCUCCCCGUGAACAGAAACGUGUACGCGCAGAUGCACAACGAGAAGGAGCAGGAGAUGACCAGCCCGGUGAACCACAGCGAGGACACGCAGCACAUCAUCCAGGGGGAGGAGUUUAUCGACGACGACCUGGACUCUCACACGCUAGGAAACCAUUCUGGCGUGGUCCUGAGCAUCACCUCCAGAGAGCUGCAGAGCUACCUGAGCAGCUGAUGCCCGCCGCGGCCACGCUGAAGGGGCUGGCUCGUGUUAGCUCAGCCCUGCUAAGAGCACAGGGACUCCACUCUGCCUUCCUCCUCUCCACCCGCCCCCUUCUCUCUGUGUC